GCUGUCGCGGGCGUCGGGUCCGGCGGGCUCGGUGGGGCGCGGGGAGCCCGCCCGGAGCGUGUGUCCACGCCGCGGGGGCGGCCUGCGUCCGGGGAGGGCGGCCGCUGCUCCGGGCCUGCGUGCGCGUCUCUCGGGCCCGGGCACCGGCGCGCGGGGACGCCCUGGAAGCGUGGAUAACGCUGGAGUUCACACGGGGCACGAGUUUCCCUCUGGCAUUGUGUCAGAGUGGUCACCGCGCAGAGGACAGUAGUCUCCUCCAGGGGACAGCAGGAGCAUCGGGACCAUGGCGGGGACCCUGCGCGCUGUGCUUCAGGGGCCCCCUGGCCAGCUCCAGAUUGUAACAAGAGGUGUGGAGUCACUCAUUUGUUCAAGUUGGAUUCGUCACAAAUUUACUAAGUCAAGAAUUCCUGAUAAAGUGUUUCAGCCUUCACCUGCAGAUCAUGAAAAAUAUGGCGGAGAUCCACAACACCCUCAUAAAUUGCAUAUUGUUACCCGAAUAAAAAGUACAAAAAGACGUCCAUACUGGGAAAAAGAUGUGAUAAAGAUGCUUGGAUUAGAAAAAGCACAUACACCUCAAGUUCACAAGAAUAUCCCUUCAGUGAAUGCAAAACUGAAAGUGGUUAAACAUUUGAUAAGAAUCCAGCCCCUGAAGCUGCCCCAAGGACUUCCCACAGAGGAGGACAUGGCCCACACGUGUCUCAAGAGCACAGGGGAGCUGGUGCUGCACUGGCACCCAAAGCCCUGAUGUCAGCAUGGCUGCGCGGUUGAACACACACAUCGCUCUCAUUUAAAUGUGCGGAGAGUGCUCUAUUAAACUUCACUGGCUGAGCCUGGCAUGGUUCUUCCUUGGA